GAUAGAUAGAUAGAUAGAUAGAUCCAGAAAGUAGUGAUUUGUAUCUAAAACGUCUACCGGUCCUUUAAGAUAUAAACAUGGGGAAGGUUGGAUGACUGCAGACUUAAAAAGGUGAUUAUUAUUAUUUUUUUAGUUGCACCUGCAUUGUCCUGUGUGGGGCCAUAUAUUACCAUAUACAGACCAGUAACGUUAAUUCACACUGUUGGAACCCCACACAGGAAGCGGCCUAGUGUGACACUUAGCGCUGUCUGGGGUGUUGGAGGAGGAGAGCGAGGCGCCAAAUGGAACACCGAGGCUGUGGGAAAUGACACUGGCUAUUACACUUCUGACUUUUAAAUCUCACUUUACCUAAGCUCCUGCAGAAAAAUAAGGUGGGGGUCCCUUUUUUCAAUCACACAAUAUUCAUGGAGAAGGAAAUGAUAAAUAUAUGUAAUGUGCCACCCACGGAUGAAAGCGCCCACAUUUGCAACCUUAGAGCCAAACUUUAUGAGGAACUUUUAAAACAAGAUACCAGAUUUGGUAGGUCAUUUUGUUACUCCUUUAGCGCAUGAAAAAUGAUCCACAUUUAAUUCUUUGGCCUGAACCAGAUUAUUCCCCAGAUCCAAAGACAAGCAAGAAAGAAAGAAAAAAUACCUGAGAGGGUUGAAGAAAAUAUGCUGUAUAUGUAUGAGCAACAUGGUGUUUUCCCAAAGGUUCAUGACCUGCACAAAAUGCUGAGAGAUGGAUGAUUAGAGCCAUUGAAAUGGAAUCUUGCGUAACAUUUACAACAAAUGAGGACACACUGAAGAACUCUUUUAACUGUCCCUUAAACUGACUUGGGUUUGUUUUUCUCUGCUUGCUGUGAACUCGGGUCCAGACUUCUGGACAUGGAGACAGACUCUCAUUGCUGGCUGCAGCAGGAACGAGGCGUCCAAGAUUUGCGGGCCAAGCUGCUUCAUUCACGUCCGUGGGUUCCUGCGGCUUCAAUGGACUCCUGAGAGCCAAUCGGAGCCCAGCCGCUGAAGAUCAAAGUAAGGAAGAGCCAACCAGCUUGGUCUGAAGCAGCUGCCUUCUCCUCUUGUCUAUAAAUGUGACCUUGUCAUCUCCGAGAGAUCACCCAGUUGUGCCUCGGUAAAAGAGUGGCUCUUUUGGAUUCGUUCGUGCAUUUGGUUGUCGUUGGAGCGAGCGGCGUCAAGAACGCAGCACUUGGCGAGGAUGUCGUCGAUAGCGGGCGUGAGCGAGUGUCCGGGGAAGGCCGGCCAGUACCGGGUGGAUCACCUCCUCAGCGCCGUGCAAAGUGAGCUGCAGGCCGGCAGCGAGAAGGGGGACCCCACGGAGAGGGAGCUGAAACUCUCCUUGGACGAGAGCCAACUUUGGGGCAAAUUUAAAGAGCUCACCAACGAGAUGAUCGUGACCAAAAACGGCAGGCGCAUGUUCCCCGUGAUGAAAGUCAACGUGUCCGGACUGGACCCGAACGCCAUGUACUCUUUAUUGCUGGACUUUGUAUCCGCGGACAAGCACAGGUGGAAGUACGUGAGCGGGGAGUGGGUCCCCGGGGGGAAGCCCGAACCGCAGACCCCCAGCUGUGUCUACAUCCACCCGGAUUCGCCAAACUUCGGCGCGCACUGGAUGAAAGCGCCCGUGUCUUUCAGCAAAGUCAAACUCACCAAUAAACUCAACGGAGGAGGUCAGAUCAUGUUGAACUCCUUGCACAAGUACGAGCCACGCAUCCACAUCGUGCGCGUUGGGGCCCCGCGCAGGAUGGUCACCAGCCAUUCUUUCCCAGAGACGCAAUUCAUUGCAGUGACGGCCUACCAAAACGAAGAGAUCACUGCUUUGAAAAUAAAGCACAACCCGUUUGCUAAGGCCUUCCUGGAUGCAAAGGAAAGAUGCGAUGACAAAGAUAUCAAAGAUGAAACAAGUGAGCACCAGCAGUCAACGUAUUCAGCAUUAGGUGGUUGGUUUCUGCCCGGAUCAGGCUCCCUCUGCCCUUCUGCUGCUGCAAGUCCUCACAGUCAGUUCGGAAGCCCCAUCUCCCUCUCGCCCUCCCACGGCUGUGAGCGCUACGCCACGCUGAGGACCCACCGCUCGGCGCCCUACAGCACCUCUUCUUACAGCCAUCGGACUAACUCUCCCACAAGUUAUGCGGAUAACUCUUCAGCAUGUCUGCCAAUGCUGUCAAGUCAAGACAACUGGUGCGGUCUCCAGAUGCCAACACACUCCAGCAUGAUGUCCAUGACACACAGUCCAACCUCUGCUUCCAACUCCAGUCAGUACACCAGCCUGUGGUCCAUGAGCAAUGCACCGCUGACACCAGUCACCCCGGUGUCCCACCAUUCGGGGGGGAUGAACAACAACAACCUGAGCUCCCAGUUCCUUCGAGGGUCCAGCGGUCACUAUCCCAACCUGGCUCACUCGGUCCCAGCGCCCUCCUCUGGCUCACCCAUGUACGACAGCAGCAGCACAGACGGGCACGACUCAGCUCAGUAUGAUGCCUCUCUGCAGCGACAUUCUCCAGCCUGGACUCCUGUCACGCUCCCUUCCAUGUGAUGGAGCAAAUAGACUGCAGUUCAAUGCUUUAUACAGGACUCUUUCGAAAGGACAUUUCUCAGGCUCAAGGAGAUAAAUUGGAGAUAUUUAAAUGCUAAAAUGUUACAUUUUGUAUGUAUGUACUUAUAGAGAAAGCAGCACAUGAGGUUCUGUGCUUUUUGAACUGAGAAGAAGAUCGCUUGGUUUUCUGCAGUUAAUAUAUUUAUGAUCAUUAGCGCCUUUACUCGGCAUGACUGAAUCUUUAUUCUAUUGUUGGGAGUACAAUUUCAGUUUUUAAUGUGCUUAUAUUAAGUACAAGUCCAUGAUAAAGUGAUGACUGAUACAUUUUUUGAUAGGUUUAAAAAAAUAAUUCAUACUGUAAAUGAGAAAUCGACUCUUCACCACCUCACGCAGCUUAUGACGUAAAUAAUAACAACAAAUGACAGGGAAAUUCCUCAAGCUUUAAAAUUCAAGGAAAACUGCAUCCAACGUCAUCAAUGGCUGGUGAUGACAUUUGAUUAGUUUUGUCUUGAUUUUUCUAAAUAGAUUAUAUUAACGUUACAACACAAAGCACCCGCUUGGGCAACCCACAACUCCCACCUAUGAAGAAUAAGUUCAAAAGUGUGCCAUUCUUUUCAACACUACCAGCUAUGUUAACAUAAAACCCUUUGUAAUAGUAUGUUUUCUAUCAGAUGGUAAAUGUGUCAGAAAGUUAAUAUUUUGGAUGGAGCUGUCAAGAUGGUAGGCAGGAGUGUCUUCUCAACCAUCACUGAUUUGGAGAAAAUGAACAAACUGUUGCAAAAGUUGGAACAAGGAUGAAGCUGCCAAAAUCAUGCAGGGUUCAUGCAUGAGCAGAGAACAAUAUAUUCAAUUUGUGCUAACUGACAAUCUGACUUUUGAUUAUUUUAUUUAUAAUAUGUCCGUGUGAUAUGCUUUUCAAUUUCUAUCAUUACAUUUUCAUUACAAUUUUUUUCUGUCAUUCUAAUUA